AUGCAAAAACAGAGAACAGCAGUAGAAUAACGAUCCUACUCAGUCUGGUGCAUAACAGCAUCAAUACAAGAUGUCGCGGAUAAGUGUUUUGUUAAUUUUCAUCUUAACAGCUAGUUUUGCUUCUGGUGCUAGCCUCAUCCGUGCGAAACGCCAACAAUUCAGACCGGCUGGAGCCUGUACAGUUUCUCAUCAGGAAAUAAAUGAAUUAAUCAGGAUCACCAAGAAUCUCAACACAGCAAUGGAAGACACUCAGCCAGUCAGUAGAUUUGGGGAUGCGACAGAGAUUGAUGAUCGUGAUAUGUGUGCAAAACAGCUAGGGCAGUUCCGUGGAACAGUGCAAACGAUGCUUAAAAAUUACAAAUCUCUCAACCAAGAUACUAUGAGCCAAACACAAUACGAGCGUGCCAAGGCCAAAUAUCAAACGCAAAUUCAGAGCCUUUUGAAGAAAAUCGACAACCUCAAAAGAGACGUGGAAAGCAGCUAUCGUGAGGAAAUUGACAAAUUGAGCACCACAAUGCAAUCGCUUAAAGUGCAACUAGACGACAAUUUGAGUUUAUUAGAAAAAGCCCAAAAUGAAAGCCGCUCCGCUCGCAUCAGUUUGUGUAUUGCAAACGUGAGAGCCGGUAGGAUCGAAGACGCUCUGAAAGAUUUGAAAGAUCUAACGCAACUUCCUUACGAGCGGAUUGUAACAGAAGUGUAUGAAGAUCAACCUGAAAACACUGUGUUGGUAUUGAAUUUUCUGGAAGCUAUUGAUUUAUACUAUGAACCUGUUCGUGGUUAUGAGAAAUUAUACUCUCUUAUGAAACGGAAUAAUCAGCUCAAUGGUAUAGAAGGCCGUCGUCUCUUGUUGCACAUAAUGGCCCUAAUGUUAGCUGACAACGAGCAAUCACGUCGAGCAACGACUUUAUUAGAAACAUUCAAAGCAAAUGUUUAGAUAUUGUAAGCACAAUUACAUCAGAUUUUCUAAAUUCAAUAAAUAAAUGUAAGAAAUAGUAGAACAUAUUAUUGGCCUCCCCAAUGCCUAGCCCUUUCUUUAUUCCAAAUAUAUUCGUCGUCACAGGA